CGAAAGCAUUAUCUUACCGCGAUUUUGAUUGGGUAACUGAACGAUGUAAACUAUUCACCGAUUGGUCAACGUAGAACCUAGCGGGUUUUUUCGAAAAGUGCGGAAGUGCCGUCGGGAAAGUGGUGCAAGUCGAAGGGUUGGAUGUUUAUAUCUUAUCGUCCGUGCUUUAGAUUGUGGUAAAGUAAGUUAUAAAUGGCACGAAAGAACUCGUUCUCCGUUAGCAAAAGAAAAAGAAGAAGAAGUCGUCAGCAAUCAGGAAGGUCCUACAGUUCAAAUCGAGGGAGUCAUUCUCUUCCUCCAUGUAAUCUCGCUAAAAGAAGUCGCAUAUCAUCUCCGGUCAAGAUGAGUGCCCCAGUAGAAAGAUUUUCUCUGAUGCCACUGGUUGGUUCGAUUUCACCACAUUAGAACUGUCAUUAGUUUCUGAUCUGUGUAAGUGGUGCUCUCAUAGUAUUUACAAGGGAGUGGAAAAAGCGAGAGAUAUGUUGUUUCCUUCAAGGGUCUUCCAGAAAAAUCUUGAAAGCACCUUAGCAAAACUGAACGAGUUAGAGGAAGAACUGAAACAAUUAAAAGAAAAUAAGGAAAGCAUAUUACAAAAUAACAAGACAUGUCAAUACUGUCAGUCAUUACAAAACCCAUCUGUGUCUGUGCUAAAGGACAAGCCCAAUCAAACAGCGGAAACAACAGAGAGCUCCACGAAUACCAGCUUCAUCUUCAGUUUGACACCAGAGUCUGUCUCACUUCAGAGUUUAGAUAAUAUCACGAAAACACCCUCACUACCACCACCGCCGCCGCCGCCACCACCACCACCGCCGCCACCACCACCACCAGGAAGUUUGCUUUCUAAGCCUGUUGACUGGAGAUCUCUUAUAAAAAACAAAAAGAAUAAACCCAAAAGUAUGAAUUCCAGUAAGCCUGCCAUUACAUUAAAAGAUUUACAGAAUGUCAGAUUAAAGCCAUUGCAAUCAAAGAAACAUGAAUUGGAGUCUUCCUUGAUAUCUUGCACUCCUGUUGUAUCACUCGAUGAUCUCAAAAGGGUGACACUGAAAAAAUACCAAUCCGAAUCCAGGAAUACCAUGACCAAUAUAGAUAAUGAUCUCAAGAAAGUGACGCUGAACAAAUAUCAGUCCAAAUCUGGGAAUACCAUGACCAGUAUGGAUAAGCAGGAUAACUGUAUUGACAGUGAAAUAAAAGCAGCAUGGAAAAAGAUUCCUGCAGAAGUGCAAACAUUUUCAAUAAAAUUAAAGAAAGUAGACAUCCCGAGAAGUCCUGGUGGUACGCCGAUUAGAGAAAAAGGUGAUAGUGAAAACGGGGAAGGACUCACCCCAUUGAUGACCAAAGCACUCAGAAGAAAAUUUAAAAAUGUACGCACUCCAAAAACAUCACCGUUGGCUGCACACUGAGUUGCAUUUACCAGUAUAACAAGAGCAAACUAUCUACUCGUAGAGCAACAUCUUAUUUUGCACAACAGUAGAACAUUGUUAUGAGACUUAGUUGUUGUCUUACAUUUGGUUGCUAAGUUACUAUUUUACAGUUACUAUUUUAUAUAUUCCUUGCCAUAUCUAGUAAAUCUAUGUACAUAUUUGCUUAAUUUUAUAGCUAUGGUGUAACUAUGGUAACUAUGAUUGAUUCAAAGCGUGCAAUGCACAUUAUCAAAAAGUAUUUUUAUAUACUGGUAAUUAUAUAUAUAUAUUACGUAGAUUUUUUUAACAUUUCCGCAUCAUUCUUAUUUUUAAGUUUUUGUAGUUUUUUAUGGUUUCUUAUUGCCGUAAUGGUG